ACAAGUGAGAUAUGUAUGAAUUACAUAACCUAAAAAUAAGUUUACGUCAAAGUGGCUGUCAAAGUUCGUUCUUUAAAAGGAGUAUUUAUUGAUCACUUUUUAUUUGAAGAAAAAUUAGAAAUUGGUUUUUAUGUUUUAAAAAAAUGGUUAUUUAUGGCGUGUAUAUAGUUUCAAAAUCUGGAGGGUUAAUAUUUAACCAUGAUCAUAAUGUACCGAAAUAUGAAACGGAGAAAACAUUCAGUUAUCCGUUGGAUAUUAAAUUAAUUUAUCAAAAUAAGAGUAUUGUUGUAGUUUUUGGACAGCGUGAUAAUAUUAACGUUGGAAAUGUAUUAUUAGCUGUAAAUGGAAUUGCAAUAACAAAUCGUCAACUGGAUGAUGGACGUGAUGUAUUCGAUGUGAUCGAAAAUAAAGAAAAUUAUCCAUUAAAUUUAAAGUUUGGUCGACCAAAAAUGACCACCAAUGAAAAAAUAUUUUUAGCUAGCAUGUUUUAUCCAUUAUUUGCUAUUGCAAGUCAAUUAAGCCCAGAACCAAAAAGUUCUGGUAUUGAAGUUCUUGAAGCUGAUAAAUUUAAAUUACAUUGUUUUCAAACAUUAACAGGAGUUAAGUUUAUGGUCGUUGCAGAACGUACACAAGCUGGAAUGGAAAUAUUAUUAAAGAAAAUCUAUGAACUUUAUGCAGAUUAUGCUUUAAAGAAUCCUUUUUAUUCCUUAGAAAUGCCCAUACGAUGUGAAUUAUUCGAUACACAUUUACAAGCUCUAUUAGAUCAAGUUGAAAAAUCUGGAAUAACAAAUGUUUAA